AUGAAUGAAGACCUGAAGGUCAAUGUAAGCGGGCUGCCUCGGGAUUCUGUAGAUGCCGGUGCCUCGGAGAACGUCUCGGCCGCUGCCUCCUCGCAGGUGCCUGCCGUACAGCCAGAGCCCGAGCUGGCAGUGAACCCCUGGGACAUUGUCCUGUGCAGCUCAGGAACCCUCAUCUCCUGUGAAAAUGCCAUCGUGGUCCUCGUCAUCUUCCACAACCCCAGCCUGCGAGCACCCAUGUUCCUGCUCAUAGGCAGCCUGGCCCUGGCGGACCUGCUGGCCGGCCUCGGCCUCAUCAUCAACUUUGUGUUUGCCUACCUGCUGCAGUCCGACGCCACCAAGCUGGUCACCAUCGGCCUCAUUGUCGCCUCUUUCUCUGCCUCUGUCUGCAGCUUGCUGGCCAUCACCGUGGACCGCUACCUCUCCCUGUAUUACGCCUUGACCUACCACUCGGAGAGGACGGUCACGUUCACCUACGCCAUGCUCGUCGUGCUCUGGGGGACCUCCAUCUGCCUGGGGCUUCUGCCGGUCCUGGGCUGGAACUGCCUGCGAGACGAAUCCACCUGCAGCGUGGUCAGGCCGCUCACCAAGAACAACGCGGCCAUCCUCUCCGUCUCCUUCCUCUUCAUGUUCGCGCUCAUGCUGCAGCUCUACGUGCAGAUCUGUAAGAUUGUGAUGAGGCACGCCCACCAGAUAGCCCUGCAGCACCACUUCCUGGCCACGUCGCACUACGUGACCACCCGCAAAGGCGUCUCUACACUGGCCAUCAUCCUGGGGACCUUUGCUGCCUGCUGGAUGCCUUUCACCCUCUACUCCCUGAUAGCAGAUUAUACCUACCCCUCCAUCUACACCUACGCCACCCUCCUCCCGGCCACCUACAAUUCCAUCAUCAACCCCGUCAUCUACGCUUUCAGAAACCAAGAGAUCCAGAAAGCCCUCUGCCUCGUGUGCUGUGGCUGCAUCCCGUCCGCCCUGUCCCAGAGAGCACGGUCGCCCAGCGACGUGUAG